AUGGAAGAAAAGUUAAAUGAAAUGGAACAAACUGGUAUCAUCACAAGGACAUCAACGCCAUACAGUAGUCCAUUGACAUUCACUCUUAAAAAAGACGGCUCAAUUAGAGUACUGCUUGAUGCCAGAAGCAUAAAUAAGAAAAUGGUUGCAGAAACAGAGAAACCACCUAUACAAUUAGAUGUUUUGAAUUCAUUUCACGGAGCAAAUUAUAUCACUACCAUGGACUUAAAUAAUGCAUAUUUUCAAAUUCCGAUAAAUAAAGAUGGUAGAAAAUAUACUGGAUUCACAUUCAAUGGAAAGUCAUAUGUAUAUAAUGUUUUGCCGCAAGGAUUAAAAACAUCAGUAGGAAGCUUUAGCAGAGCCAUGAAUUUAAUAUUAGGACCAGAAGUCCAAGAAUUUUGUGUGAACUAUUUAGAUGAUCUAGCCAUUAUUAGAACAGGAACGUUAGAUAAACAUUUGGAGCACAUUGAUAUUGUUUUAAGUAAAUUGAACAAAGCUGGCUUAACGUGUAACUUGCAGAAAUGUGAAUUUAUUUGUAAAGAAAUUAAAAUGCUGGGUUUUAUAAUUUCAACAGAAGGCAUAAAGACAGAUCCCGAUAAGAUUCGAGCGAUCCAAGAGUUUCCAGCACCUAAAAAGAUUAAACAAUUAAGGGCCUUUUUAGGUCUAUGCAAUUUUUAUAGAAGGUUUAUACCAAAUUACAGCGAGAGCAUAAUACCGCUCUGUGAAUUACUUAAAAAGGGACGAAAGUUCAAAUGGAGCGGUAAAGAACAGAAGGCAUUUGAUUUUAUAAAACAACAAUUUAUUAAUACAAUACAAUUGCAUCAUCCAGACUUUAAUAAGCCGUAUUAUUUACAAACAGAUUGUUCCGGUGUGGGUAUGGCCGGAGUACUAUAUCAGAUAGAUGAUAAUAAUGAAAUGAGAAUUUUAGGCUAUCAUAGUAAAGCCUUAAAAGGCCCCGAAUUAAAUUGGUCUGUUACUGAACAAGAGUUUUAUGCUGUAAUAAGCUGCCUAAAGAAAUUUGAAACAUAUUUGCGGGGCAGUAAAGUAAUAAUACUAACUGAUCAUAAAGCAUUAUUGUUUAUUAAUAAUAUGAAGUUAUUCAAUGGUAGAGUAACCCGAUGGAUUUUGUAUAUAGAACAAUUUAAUUAUGAAGUACAGCAUAUAUCGGGUAGACGUAAUAUUGUUGCAGAUCUAUCACGUUAUUCUCCUGAUGGCGAUUUAAUACAAGAGGAAAAAAUAAUAGUUUAG